AAGCGGCGGCGGAAGCGGCGGCCAUGGCGGCGGCGGCGGCGGCGGGGGGUCCCUGUCCCGGCGCCGGCCCCGGCCCCGGCGCCGCCCGCACGAAGAAGAAGCAGAAGCGCUUCGUGCCGCAGCGCGUGAAGCUGCCGCGGGCCGCGGACCCGCUGCUGGCGGUGCUGGGCUGGGGGGUCACGCACCAGAUCAAUGAGCUGAGCCAGGUGCCGCUGCCCGUGAUGCUGUUGCCCGAUGACUUCAAAGCCAGCUCCAAAAUCAAGGUCAACAACCACCUGUUCAACAGGGAGAACCUGCCCAGCCACUUCAAGUUCAAGGAAUACUGUCCCCAGGUGUUCCGCAACCUGCGGGAGCGCUUUGGCAUCGACGACCAGGACUACCAGGUGUCCCUGACUCGGAGCCCCCCGCGCUGGGCGGGCAGCGGCCACCGGCUGCUGCUCUCGGCCGACCGGACGCUGGUGCUGAAGGAGCUCUCGAGCGAGGACGUGGCCGAUGUCCACGGGCUGCUGUCCCACUACCACCAGUACGUGGUGCAGUGCCACGGGCAGACGCUGCUGCCGCGGUUCCUGGGCAUGUACCGGGUGAGCGUGGACAGUGAGGACACCUACCUGCUGGUGAUGAGGAACCUGUUCAGCCACCGCCUGCCCGUGCACAGGAAGUACGACCUGAAGGGUUCCCUCGUGGACCGAGAGGCCAGUGACAAGGAGAAGGGCAAGGAGCUGCCCACGCUGAAGGAUGUGGAUUUCCUCAACAAGAACGAGAAGGUGUUCGUGGAGGAGGAGCAGCAGCGCGAGUUCAUGGAGAAGCUCAAGCGGGAUGUGGAGUUCCUGGUGCAGCAGAAGCUGAUGGACUACAGCCUGCUCCUGGGCAUCCAUGAGGUGGAACGGGGGGAGCAGGAGGAGGAGGAAGAGCUGGAGGAAGAGGAGCUCGGGGGUGGUGACGAGGCGGGGCUGGGGGACCCCUAUGGCACCUCCCCGGAGGGCCUGGGGGGGCUCCUCAACUCCUACCGGCCCCUGGGGCCCGGGGAAUUCGACCCCUGCGUGGACGUGUACGCCCUGCGUGGGGCCGAGGGAGCCCCCCGGCGCGAGGUUUAUUUCAUGGGGCUCAUCGAUGUCCUCACCCAGUACGACGCCCGCAAGAAGGCGGCGCACGCGGCCAAGACCGUCAAACACGGGGCCGGAGCCGAGAUCUCCACGGUGCACCCCGAGCAAUACGCCAAGCGCUUCCUCGACUUCAUCACCAACAUCUUUGCCUGAGGGGGGGCCCCCGGCCCCUCCCCAUGGGACCAAAACCCCCCCGGGUGCGCUGCCCCCUCCCCACGCCCAGGGCCUCUGCAGCAGCCCCUCCCCACAGGGGGUUUCACUACUCAAGUGCCUUAACUUUAUGUAAGGGGGGCCUGGGGGGCUCUGGCCCCGGCGCUGGGGGGGUCUGGGGUGCCCCUACCCUGCACAAGGGGCUCUGGGACCUUUCUGCCCCUCCCAAAGCUGGGAGGGAGUCAAACACUACUCGCCCCAGGGAGGGGGGGUUUGGGGGGUCCCCACUCCUGACCUCCCGCGGGUGCAGCCCCCAGCCCUCUUCUGGACGAGACUGGGGGGACACACCCUGCCCCCCUCCGUGUGGGACCUGGGGGGGCUCCACAGCUCCCCCCUUUACUGCAGCUCCCGGGGGGGGUCAGGGGAGGACCCCGGCCUGGUGUGACCCCCCCGGGGGGCGGGGCCGUGCUGGGCUGACACCCCUGUCCCCCAUUUGUGGGAGUGUCGCGUGUCGUGUCCCCCACCCCCAUUUUAUGGGGCUCCUUCCCCCGCUCCGUACCCCGAGAAAUAAAUUAUUGAA